AUGGAUGAAGUAGAGUGGGAAAGGCUGACGUACACCCCGAAGACACUGUUGGACUACGGCUUCCUACUCUGCUGGGCGACAAACUCGGUUGGUAAACAGCGAGAACCCUGCGUCUUCAAGAUCUUCCCAGCAGGUCCGCCCGACGCCCUCAGGAACUGUACCGUCUUGAACGAGAGCACAGACGCCGUUCAAGUGAGAUGCGACGAAGGCUUCGACGGAGGUCUUCCUCAGAGCUUCGUCAUGGAGGUCUACGAGACGGAAGGACGCAAGCUUAAGCUGUCAUGGUUGACGCCCCAGAGGCCCUGUCAGUGCCUUCUACAGCAACUUGCCGGUGUUCCUACAGGAGUGAUCCAGGGCGCGAGUGAGCUGCCUUCCACCAUGGAGCUGUACCCCUCCCUGGCUAUCAUCAUGGGGGUGGUAGGCGGCAUCUUGGUGGUGUUCGUGGUGAUCGUGGUGGUGAUGGUGGUGCGUCGGCCCCGGAGGGAGAACCAGGCGAGGCUCAACCAGGACGACUCCAGCCUCCACAUACUCAAGAAGGAUGACAGUCACAGCGGGCGUCUUGAUGUUGAUGAGAAGGAUCCUGAUGUCAUUCCGGAGACGAGAGUGAUGACUCGGAGGGUGGAAGCUGGUGUCUCCUGUGAGGAAGCAAGUGGGUGCGAACUAUCAGAGCUGCCCGUCCCACACUCUCCGCCCCGGACCCAUGACUCCCUCUGUCCUAUACAUCUAGGAAGCCGUGCCGACCUGAUGGACCGUCGAGGGGUGGCUAACGUCUCCACUAUAUACGGGGAGAUGGUCGCUGACAGCAGCCCAGAGACCUCCCACGCCAGCGCCUUCGUGGACACCAGCCACAUCACCCACGCCACCCACGCCCAUGUGGAACCAGUCCACGCCCACAUCGAGUCCCAGCCACACGCCCACCAGUCCCAUUAUAUCCAGCAGGAGUACUCUUCAUCCCCCAUUCCCGUUGACCUUCGCCACUCUGUUUCCUACCACCACAUGCCCCCAGCUCCCACCUCCCUCCCAACUCCCAUGUACACCCACGCCCACGCAAUGCCCAUCUCCCACACCCAAACGCUGCCCCACCCACGCUCAAGCCACACGAGGAAUCAUAACGCCAACGCGGCCACGCUACAGAGGAGGAGUAGCCUCUAUAUGGACCCUAUGACCACCCCCCUGGCCCCGCCCAUCGCCCCGCCCCCAGCUUACGAUACGCCCACAUCGUCUCUCGCCUCAGAUAUGAUGGCAAUCGUCCCACUGGUGGUUGAGACGGUCUCCAUCACACCCAACGCCUCCCUGCACGCCCACGCCAGCCCGCCGCCCGACCAGUACCAGCCCAAGACCUUCCCGUCCUCCUUCACCAGCGACCGCAUGGAGAGUGCGGUGUGAAGGGAGGAAGAUGAGCGACAACGAGCACGUUCGUAAAGGCAUCCUACAUACAUCCUCUUCCUCCGGGAAUCCUAGCCAGUCAGUGAGAUUCCGUGCAGAGACUGAGAUUAAACCCCCCCUAGUUGUUUGUUGAGAGUUAUGUCCUUGGAGUUCGACGACUCGGAGUUCGAACACUCGGAGUUCGACGACUCGGAAUUCGAACACUCGGAGGAGAGUGUUUGAACGUUUUUCGUUAUUUUUUUUAGCCAGCCAGAGCUAACGAGGCUGGCUGCAUGAUGCUUUAGCGUGUAUACUUUACAUAACGACAUUUGUACAUGUACAGAGACAUAUGGUGUUUGUCAUGGGCAUCUCUUACUUCAUAUUUAUAGUGUGUGAUUGAAUCAUUUAAGAGUAUAGGUCAUCUCUCGAUUUCUUAGACAACGCAGAGAUAAAAUGGGACAUUUCCGCCAUUAAUUACUUGUAAAAUGACUCGAGAUGAAAGUCAACAACCAAUCAUAUUGGUCUCGCAUACACCAGGUAUAGAGGUUCACAGGUACACAGGUUUACAGGUACACAAAGCUACAGGUACACAAGACCACACGUAUACAAGCUUACAGGUAUACAAGCUUACAGUUACUCAGCUUACAGGUACACAAGGCUACAGAGACACAAGCUAACAGGAUACACAAGUCUAGAGGUACACAUACCCACAGGUAUGUGGGUAUGUGUACACAUGACAACAGGUACUCAAUCUUUCAGGUACACUAGACCACAGUUACACAAGCUUGCAGGUACAGGAACUUUCCCAUCACCUGUGUCUCUCCAUCCUCUUUACUCCGGAAGAAAAAACUCCCCCGCUUGUUCCCUGUCUCUCUGUCUCUCUGUCUCUCUCUGUAUCCUCUGUCUCGCAUACAUCACUAGACUGGUCUACACCCCUGACAAGGUCAACACACCCAGUGCCACCCCACCACUGGUCUACACCCCUGACAAGGUUAACACACCCAGUGCCACCCCACCACUGGUCUACACCUCUGACAAGGUCAACACACCCAGUGCCACCCCACCACUGGUCUACACCCCUGACAAGGUCAACACACCUAGUGCCACCCCACCGCUCUCACACUCUCCUUCUCUCUCUGGCUCUCGCUAUCCCUAGCUCUCUCCCUGCCUCUCUCCCCCUGUCUCUCACUCCUUUCCCUCUCAAAUACUCUCUGUCCCUCACUGGUUAACCCUACUCCAACAUAGCAGGAAAAGCAACAAACAUGGUUGGGGGAUAGACCACUGGCAUAUAGGAAGGCCAGACUGACCCAAUUAAGGAUAUGUUCAUCUAUACAUGAAGGAAAAUCAGAGAAGAGUUGCAAGAAAUUAAAAAAGUAAUAAGCAGUCUACAAGGCAAGCUGUUACCAGCCAACGAGGAGAUAAGAAGCCUCAAACAGAACUCUACUUGGGCUCAGCAUCAGAUACCAAUCCCAUUAUAAGAUGGAAAUAUAUUAAUGGAAGGGACUGUCAUGGUACGUGACGCAUUCUCAGAAAUGCUAAGAAAGAGCUCCGAAGCAAAGUCUACAGUGAAUGAAGCAGCCUUACAUUGUGAUUACCCUGCGAUGAUUUUGGGGCUUAGCGUCUUCGCGGCCCAGUCCUCGACCAAGCCGCCUCAUUGCUGGACUGGUCAACCAGGCUGUUGGACGCAGCUGCUCACAGCCUGACGUAUAAAUCCCAGCUAUGAAAGCAGCUACCUCACAGGGAGCAGGAAGGUGCACUAGUCGGCUGCUGGAAAGGAAAAAAGUCAGUGGUAGCAGUGGGCAUUAAAGAACAAGAAAGCACCAGUAAGACGGAAUAGAAAGUUAAAGACAGAGAGCCAGUGAGAGAGAUCCUUAAAGGGUAACAGAUGGAAGGGGGCUGAACAUAACAUAGAGAAGGUUUCAGGCUAGGCUUGUACAACAAGGACAGAGAUCGACUGAUAAAGAUCGUUUUUAUGAACGAGGCCACGACGGAGGAAAUUCGAGGAAGGAAGACCAAAUGUUUAAAUGAGAGAAGACAAAAAAAGUAUUCCUUCAGAAAGAUAUGACAAGGGAGGAGAGAAUCAUGGCAGAAGAUGCAAGGAAGAAGUGCAGGGAGAGAAGAGAGAGAGAGAGAAUCAAGGAACCACAGUUCCCAGCCCAACAAUCCCAGAGGGGGUGUGGGGAAACUCCCAACCAGCAGCUUAGCAACCCCAGAGAAGAGGGCAACACCUCCACCUUUCUCCCAAAAGAAACCUUCCUCCUCACCCUGAACCAUCCAUGUCCCCAUUCAAAUGCUCAUUCAACCCCCCCCCCCCCCCCCCCCCU